ACACAGGAAGUACACAUAAUUUCAUACACCCCAGGGUAGCCAGGAGGGUAGGGAUGAAAGUCCUAAAACACAAGCCUAUCAGGGUGAAUAUUGCAGAUGUGAUGAUGGCCGUAAUUGCAGAUUUCAUGCUUGUUUUUCUUCCUGCUCCCACGGUUUCUCUCCGUUCACCACUAGCAGGAAACGCUGGACCUAUUGCAAAGUUCUUCCACAACUGCCCUGAUAAUGCAUUCCAGGUGGCUCUCGCUGGAACUUCCUAUUCACUCUUACAGAGAUUAGGUGCUAUAGCGCGUAAUGGAGCGAAGCUUUUUGUUGUUGGCACCGCCUCCUCACUGGUUGGUACCGCUGUGACAAAUACCUUGAUCAAUGCACGGAAAACUGUGGACAAGUCUUCUGCUGGUGAGGUUGAAAAUGUACCUAUUUUAUCUACCAGUGUUGCCUAUGGUGUCUACAUGGCAGUUUCUAGCAACCUCAGGUAUCAAAUACUGGCUGGUGUUGUUGAACAGCGCAUCUUGGAACCUAUGCUACACCAGCACAAGCUCAUGCUAGGUGCACUUUGUUUUGCUGUUCGAACAGGCAACACGUUCCUGGGUUCAUUAUUGUGGGUGGACUAUGCUCGCUUGAUAGGAAUCCAAAAGGCGCAUGAGGAGCACAGGGAAUGGACUGAUUAGUUCUAGAAAUGUUGGCUUGUCUGUGUUUAAAUCGCUUGAAGUAGGCAUGUCAAUUCGAGUUUUUUUGGUUGCUGAACUACCGAAGUUUCAUGAAAAUUUGUAGGUAGUCUCAGUUUCUCUAUGAUUCUUAAAUGUAAUUUUUUCCGUUCUCAUUGUUGGUGUCCAGAUUCGGACACAAUUGCUGGUAAAUUUGAACUAUCGAAAGGGGAUAAAGGAUUGCAGGAAUAAACAUUUUGAUGUGAAUUUUUUUUUGUUGGAAUAUCAGAAAUAGAAAAAGAUUACCAUUCUUGACA